AUGGAAUCCUCCGGGUCGGCUUCCCACCAAUUAGAACCUCGGACAUUGAUGAUGACCAGCAAAUCGAGGAAAGCCCGGGAAUCUACUUCACUUCCUAAUCUCCAAGACCAUCAUCAUCGUCGUCGUCGUCGUCGUGGGCCGUCGAUCGGAUGGACCCUCUCGCUCGCCCUCAUGGCUGCCCUCUCGCUUGCAUCCUGCUUCGGCCUCUCGAACGCUUCAAUGUCCACUCAACGCAAACUUGAACUCCGGGAUUUGGUGAAGAAAACUUGGUAUCAUGGCUUCGAUAAUUACAUCAAACAUGCUUAUCCAGAUGACGAACUACGGCCGUUGUCUUGUAAAGGAAUUGGUCACGACCACGAACACCCGAACAGCCACGAGACGAACGACGUACUGGGUGAUUUUUCGAUGACGUUGAUUGAUGUAUUGGACACAUUUGUAGCGCUUAGGGAUGUGGGUCGAUUCCGAGACUCGGUGCGACGGAUCGUGACAGACAUCCCAAGCUUCGACAUCGACUCGAAGGUCCAAGUGUUCGAGACGACGAUCCGAGUGUUGGGCGGACUAUUGAGCGGCCAUCUGUUUGCGAAAGAUCCCGAGAACGUCUGGGGAUUCCGUCUCGACAAUAACGGUGAUGAGCAGGAGGGAUCAUCAUAUGCAGACCAGUUGCUCUUCUUGGCUAAGGAUCUCGCCGAUCGAUUGAUGCCCGCUUUUCACGCCUCUUCACUGGCAUUCCUUAUGCUCGCGUUAAUCCUUCUGAGAUACGGCCUCAUGCCGGAUGAAGGUACCGAAACUUGCACCGCUGGCGCAGGCUCAUUAUUGCUAGAGUUUGCCACACUCAGCAGAUUGCUUGGCGAUCCGAUCUACGAGAAUGUGGCCAAGAAGGCGUUUUAUGCUCUCUGGGAUCGCCGGUCUUCUAUCAACUUACUCGGGAAUACGAUCGACAUCCAAACUGGUCAUUGGUCGUAUGGAGUCUCAAGCAUCGGCGCUGGGAUCGACUCGUUUUAUGAAUACAUCCUCAAGUCUCAUGUCUUAUUAUCCGACGACUCGUUCCUAGAAAUCUGGAAUCAGGCCUAUAAAGCAGUGAUGACUUACAUGCGAUCCCCUGAUGGAUUCUGGUAUCGAGGGGUGAAUAUGCAAACCGGAGCAGUCGCCACAACUACCAUCGAUUCAUUAUCCGCGUUUUGGCCCGGGCUUCAAGUCCUAGCUGGAGAUAUUGAAGCGGCCAUUCAAUCCCAUAUGACGUAUGCUAAUCUUUGGGCCAGAUAUUCAGGAAUCCCAGAAGUCUUUGAUAUCCACAGAAAACAAGCUACCUCAUUGGGAUAUCCUCUCCGGCCUGAAUUCGUUGAAAGCAAUUACUUUUUGUAUCGGGCGACUAAGGAUGAGUAUUAUUUGGAAGUGGCUGAACGAGUGAUCACUGAUCUCGUUAAUCGGACUUGGGUCGAUUGCGGCCUGGCAUCGAUCGAGAAUCUCUUGACUGGGAAACUGGAAGAUCGGCAGCAUUCAUUCAUGUUGUCCGAAACACUCAAAUAUCUAUACCUCACGUUCGACGAAGACAAUCCUAUCAACCAUGCAGAUCAGCCCUUUGUAUUUACCACCGAAGGACACAUUCUGUACAUUCCAAAUGCGGAUCAGAUGGCCGAAAACCAGGGAUAUCGGACGGGCUGGGAAGAACGAGAAUCGUUGGAGAGUGAUCGGGUGGUCUGGGAAAGCCACCCAACCGGCCGGCGGCAACAAUCCAAGCCCCCGACCUGUUCAGUCUACUCUCCAUCUCUCCAGAGUCCUAAGCAUUCCAAUCCAUUGAUGCUCUCGAUCACCGGUCGGACCGACUUCGAUUACGCGAAGAUGAUCACUGGAAGUCUGGACUCUGGGCCUCGUUUGGCUUCUGUGAGGUCCCAGUCGCGGAUGUAA